AUGGCGGCAGGACCGAUAGCCGAACGAAAUCAAGAUGCAACUAUAUACGUUGGAGGUUUGGAUGACAAGGUGACAGAACCACUUAUGUGGGAAUUAUUUGUUCAAUCUGGACCAGUAGUAAAUGUUCAUAUGCCAAAGGAUAGGGUUACACAAAUGCACCAGGGUUAUGGCUUUGUCGAAUUUAUGGGUGAAGAAGAUGCAGAUUAUGCUAUUAAAAUUAUGAAUAUGAUCAAAUUAUAUGGAAAGCCAAUCAGAGUAAACAAGGCAUCAGCUCAUCAAAAAAAUUUAGAUGUAGGAGCCAAUAUAUUUAUAGGAAAUUUAGAUCCAGAAGUUGAUGAGAAACUUCUUUUUGAUACAUUUUCAGCAUUUGGAGUAAUAUUACAAACUCCCAAAAUUAUGAGAGAUCCAGAUUCGGGCAAUUCCAAGGGCUUUGCUUUUAUUAAUUUUGCUAGUUUCGAUGCUAGUGAUGCUAGUAUAGAAGCCAUGAAUGGACAAUACUUAUGUAAUAGACCUAUUUCAGUUAGUUAUGCCUUCAAAAAAGACUCGAGAGGUGAAAGACAUGGAUCAGCUGCAGAGAGAUUACUUGCUGCACAAAAUCCUCUCUCACAAGCAGAUAGACCUCAUCAAUUAUUUGCAGAUGCUCCACCUCCUGCACCUUUGCCUCCCCCUACUCCAAUGAUGAUGGUACCACCACCUCCCAAUCCUCCUCCUCCUCCUCCUGUUCCUCCACCAAUGGGUCUUCCUCCCCCUCCGCCUUUGCCUGGUAUGAACCCUCCCUUACCUCCAACUAUUCCUCCACCUGGAAUGGAAAAUUAUAUGACUGGUGGGCCACCAGGACCUAUGAUGCCACCACCUCCUGGAGGAAUGCCACCUCCGCCGCGAAUGAUGCCUCCUGGUUCUAUACCUCCCUGGCAGCAACAAAAUUACACUACAGCUCAGGGUACUUAUCCAACAAAUUACAAUCAAACAUAUGGUCCUCCUCCUACUCAAGGGGCUACUGCAGCUAAUACCUACAUGCCUCCACAUCCUCCCAGUUUUCCAGCUGGAACAUAUGGAGGUCCACCAAUGAAUAUAUGUACCAUUAAUUUUUUUAACAAUACAAUACAAUGUGUGCCUGAAAAGGUUUGUUGUUCCGGAGAUAAUCGUAAGCCCAUAUGGGCAUCUUGGUACGCUUGUUCUUGCAAGAAAAAAAAUCAAAAUAUCAUAAGGAUUCGUAAUUCUAUACACAGUUCUGAUGAACUUAACGUUAUAGCAACAAUAACCGGACCUGAAGGUAUCAUACAACCUGAUUUUAAAAAUUUUACUAAUCGUGUCAAUUCUCAACCGUCAAUUAUUCAAGACAAUAGCAUUCAAAAAGAUUUGCACAAAGCAAUUGCAAAUCCUUUAUCACCCCCAUAUCCUCCUGUAAAACCAGUGACAAUAAUAAAAGGCCCAGCACCGUCAGAAGGAUACCGCCAAACAGAAUCGUACACAGACAUAAUCAUCACAAACCCUAAAAUGGGUUUAUUUGAUAAAUUGUCCACUUACCUCAAGUCAAGAAAGCAAAUAGAGGCCAAUAUUGUAGUUGUGGGACUUAAUAACAGUGGUAAAACUUCAAUAGUUAAUAAUUUUAAACCGGAAGAUGUUAGAUACCCGGAUACGGUACCCACGGUCGGAUUUACCGUUGAUAAAUUUCGUAAUAAUAACGUUGGAUUUACUGCCUUUGAUAUGAGUGGCCAAGAAAGAUACAGGGAUCUUUGGGAACACUAUUACAAAGACUGCGAUGGAAUUAUAUUUGUUAUAGAUUCAAACGAUGCAUUAAGAUUGGUAGUCGUUAAAGAAGAAUUAGAUCUUUUGUUACAACAUCCAGAUAUUGCAAAUAAAAAAAUACCCAUUUUGUUUUUUGCUAAUAAAAUGGAUUUAAGAGAUAGUUUAUCUACUGUUAAAAUAGCAUCCGCUUUAAAUUUAGACAGAAUCAUGGACAAGCCUUGGCAUAUAUGUUCCAGCAAUGCAAUAACUGGAGAAGGUCUUCAAGAAGGAGUUGAAUGGUUCACACAACAGAUAAGAGACAAAAUUCAGUCUAAGCAAAAAACAUAA